AUGUUUUGUGAGGCAGACCCAGUACUUUUCGACCGAGGAAAACACGGAAAUUUGAUUGAAGCGCUACAACAGUUUGCAUCGUAAGUCAAUAUUUUUGGUUACUUUACAACAGGUUUAGUAAUAUCCAUCUUGGUUAUGGUACAGGCUUUUUAAAAUAAUAGUGUUGGUCCAAAAGUACGUAGAACACUCUUUUAUCGUUUUUUUUGUCAACUUUUUUGAUAAAAAAACUACCUUUUUUUAAUCAAAUUUUAAACUAAAUUUUAUGUUUCUCUUUACUUUUGGACCAAAGUUAAUAUACUUUAGCGUAUAUCUCUCAACUUUACAUGGUAAAACGCCCUCAAAAUAUGAAAAGCAUUAGCAUAGUUAAGAUAAUACUGCUUAAUUAAUUGCAGAAUUACAGUGUAAACAAAACACAAUCUUACCGUAUAUAUUAAUGUAGUUAGCAGCGAUUGUAUGUCACAGUAAUUUCGAAUUGCCAGACAAGAUAAACAUGGCUUAAUUGCCUCGGGCUGUUAUUCAAAGUGACAUAUUCUGUUUAAUGACAAUUUGGGGGAAAACAGUUAUUUGCAUAUCUAGGGCAUGGUAAAAGGGUUUGACAUAGCCGAAACAGUAGGGCAAUCAUUGGGAGUUCUUUGUACUUUUGGACAUAACAUCUAGGCUUUUUGGUCGAAAAGUACAUAUAAUUAGGCAAAUAGAUUGUCUUUCUCUGUUUUUCUAUUUACUUUUGGACCGAAAUUGAAUAAUUUAAAAAUUUAAAAUUUGAGGCAUUUUCGACGAACCAAAAGUCUGGAGACAUUUAAAAACAUUAUUCAAGAUAACAAAGUCAACUUUAAUGGAAUCAGGAAGUUUUUGUUAUGGGAAUUGUUGUUGUGCUCUCACGAUGGCAUUUUUAUACCAUACUUAGCAUAGUAAUAACCAGCCCUUUAUGUAAACUAUUUAAAGCAAUAUGCCACGUAGUAAACCAUACAUAAUGGCAUUACUAUAAUAUUAUAUGUUGUCAUAAAGUUUGUUUUCCAGCUGUAAGUAGCUUAAUAAGUAAAAGAGUAUAAAGUAGUGUGAAGCACUUUGUGGUGAGAUAAUAGGGCUUAAUUAAUAUUAUAUAAAGGAGUAACUACAGUAACUUUUUAUAGUUCAGAGUAAUAUAUUGAUGUACUGAGUAAUCUGUUGAUAUAAAUAUGUAGUUGAACCCAGUAUAACCACGAACGACCUCUCGAGUUUGUUGUUCUUAGAAUAUGAAAAGUAUUAAAUUGUUUUGGAUUCAGAAUCCAAUACAACUUUUCUGAUUCCCAGUAUAAUAUCAUUCAUGACAAACAAUAACAAAGCAAGUAACACUGUAAAACAUAAUAAAUUGUUUUGAGUUACUUUACUAUUUAUGGUAAUUACCUGAGGUGGAGUGUGCAUCAGAAAGGUUCCGUAUAGGUUAACAUAAACAACUACAUAUAUUAUACGUUUGUGCCAUUACAUCAACAUAUAUUAACAUAUACAUGUUAACAUAUUAUAUGGUUUACAUAUCUGUGCUAUUGCAAACAUAUAUUAACAUGUACACGACCUAAUAGAUAUGUUUUCAGAGUGUACAACUCGAUCCAUCCCUUCCUAUGUCUGUUCAUCUGUCCACUGGGUAUCUUGGCCAAUCUGGUACACAUCCUGGUACUAACACGCCGCCGAAUGCGACGAUGUGCUGUGAACUCGGUACUCAUCGGAAUCGCCAUCUGUGACGUGAUAACCAUGACCAGCUACUUCGUCUACAUCGUGAGAUUCGAAUUCGCCAAGGGACUCACAAAGUAAGACUUCCGGGUUCCGAGAUAUACGACAAGAUGAAUAUUUGUUUUCCACUUAAUAUGCAAGAACAUGUACACACGUACUGAAUCGCGUACUCUUCAAGUACCAAUUCGGAUGUAGUUAUAGCCAUAGUUUUAUGUCCUUUAUUACAACGCAAUUAACUUUUUAUGGGGCUUAUGAAUAGGGCAGGGGGAUGUUUUUGCAGGAUACAGAGGUCACAUGUACAGUAUGAUACUGUUCUUUGCAGCACGAAAAGCAUUUAGAUAUUAGUCUUUUAAUAGGAUCUAAAAGUCAUAGUAUUUUUUAUUUGAAAUGCUAAGACUGUAUGUUGUACAUGAAAUAAGACGUUUUAUAUGUUCAAAUAAGUUCAGAAGACUUUAGAAAUACAAAAGACUUUUUAGGUAAUAGUAUGGUGUUUCGAAGUACUAUAAUGUAGUUUACACUACAUUACAAAAAUGUAGGUAAGAACACACUAUAUUAAUGUAAGAAGAACUACAUUUUAAUGACCUAAAAUUUUGACUUACAUGACAGUAAACUAUAAUAUUUUAAGAAACUAAAACAUAAAAACAAUAACAAAGUAAUCUUGUGAACAACAAUAACAUUGAAAUGUAUUCCCGUUCGGUACUAUAACAUUAACAUAACUCUGUAAUGUAUUCUUAAUCAUAUUAUCCUUGUUUCAGCUACUUCUGGGCCGUCGUCUUAGAGUUCCACGCCACAUUAUCAAUAUGCUUACACACGAUAAACCUGUAUCUGUGUGUUACCAUGGCCUUCAUACGAUGGAAAGCGAUGCGCACUUCGAAGAGCGCAGUAAUGAAGCCGAACACAGCAUGGUAAUACCACAAAUUACUUCCGGAUAUUAUCUGAUUAUCCUCGAAAACAUAUCAUUUUGAUUACUGAGUUGUUUUCAAAGGACAAUAUAAUGUUAUUCAUUUUAUUUUUAGACUCAGAAGUCUUUGUUCUUUAGUUUUAGACAAUUCUACAAACUUUUCGACCAAAGCUAAUGUCUGUAAUUCUAGGAAGAUCUUCUGUGUGAUCACAGUAGUCGUCAUGAUCCUCUGUGUACCAACGUUCCUAGUCCAUGAAGUGCACCAAGUCAACCUUGCAGUAGACAACACCACCUACAGCUUUUACACCGUCGACAUCUCGGACUGGGCCAGGAUGAACAAGUGUCGCUGGUUCAAGGCCAACCUCUGGAUCAUCGGCAUCAUUCUAAAGGCGAUACCGUGCUUCCUGCUACUGUGGUUCACGAUGGCGUUGAUGAUUCGACUGCAUAAGAACAACGCCAAGCGAGCCAUGUUGUUGUACACAAACAGCAUCAAGGGCGCCAGGAAACGGCGCCAGAACUACGACAGAACAACGUUCACGCUCAUUGUUAUGUUGACGGCGUUCUUGGUAUGUUUGCAUUCAUUAAUGGGUUCGGGCUACAGAUGAGGUUUUUAACUUCUCCAUACAUUCAUAUACACAUACAUACGUAUGCUUAUGAAUGUUAUAUACAUAUGUAUAUGGUGUGGAAUAUGUCUGGAAAGCGCAUUAACUUUGAUGUCUUUAAGCUUAAAGUGUCACAAGAAGGCCAUAAAUACAUAUCAUAACAUGUAGCUGAGUAUGUGUAUUGAACAGAUUUUACCAUGCAUUUCAGUUCAUAAACGUAGUAAAUAUUGGAAACUCUAGCACCAUAAUCACUUAAGAUAAGCAGUAGAUAUUUGAUAAAUAACACCGAAUACGAAGUAGCUUCUCGUAGUAGACAUCUUAUAAAACUUACUAGACUCUUGCACUGUAAACAAGCAUCGUACUGAGCAGAGUACACAAGCAAGAACCAACAUAUCAUACUUUCAGUUGACGGAACUGCCUCAGGGAAUGUUAACCAUGUUGAAUGGUAUUUACACAAACGACGUUCAUACCGUAAUCUACAUGAACUUGGCCAACGUUUUGGACGUGCUAUCUUUGAUCAACUGCUAUGUCGGCUUCAUAGCGUACUGUUUCCUGUGCUCAAAGUAUCGACAGACCUUUAUGAUGAUGAUACUGACAACGUAUGUUUUAGCAUACCCUACUUUUAAAACAGAUAUUACUGUACUAGUUAGAGGCUUUACAGUAUACUUUCUUAGCUUCAAGCUACAAGAAGAUAACGUAGAGUUGAAGAGCACACCCAGUAUCUCUAAUUAGGUGAUGUCACAUAAUUAGAGGUACCAUUAAUACGCGGAGUAGUCAGUAAUUACCCAAAUUCUUUAAUUGCCUAUUACACAUAUUAUACUACACAAUGACAUAUUAUACCUAAAUUACCUCUACCACAUGUUACAGUACUCAAUGCUAUGUUUCAGAAUGGAGAAAUCGCCAAAGAAGGCCAAGAUAGAUGCCUACGUACACACAUCAAGAGGGUUACUGGACGAGAUUACUACCAACAACAACAUCACAAACGGAAACAUGCGGCGUCUGUCUGAUUGUAAUGUUACUGAGUGUAACAUGUAA